ACAGCCGCUCUAGGUGUCAAUUUAGUAGGAGCUAAUAGGGUUAUUUUAGUUGACGGUGAAUGGAAUCCAAGUCAUGCAGAACAAGCCAUUGGCAGGACGAAACCUGUAUUUGUUUACCGUCUAAUAACAUCCGGAACAUACGAACAUAAACUCUUCUUCAAUUCAGUACAUAAAAUGGGUUUAUCAAUCCGAGUGGUGGAUCAAAAAAAUCCCGAAAGAAAAUUCACUAAAGAAGAUCUAAAUUCAAAAAUGUUGGUAACCCCCGAAGCUAAUAUGCCAACUAAUCUACCUGCGCCUGAAUCUAUUAAUUAUGAAGAUGAUGUCUUGGUUAGCGUUGCUUUAGCGCAACGCCAAAGUAUCAUUGAUAUUCAGAAAGUUUCAUCUUUUUUUAUCGAUGAUUCUCAAGAUCUCAAUGAAGAAGAUAAAAGACAUGCUCAGGAAUUGUUGAUCGAAGAAAAAGCAAAAUUGAAUUUACGAAUCAACUAG